CGUAUUUACUACUUGAAAGGUGUGAGGCAGAAUUGUGUCUGACAUUUAAAAUCUAAAAGACUUUUCGUAGAGUAUACAUGGUUGCUUUUGCUUAUUAUAAUAUACCGUGCUGCUUCAUUUUAUAAAUAAGUACGUAAAAAUAAUAAUGUUUAUGGUUUUUGCACUACAAUGAAUUAAGGUAGAUUUCUUUAAAACUUUACAAUUUUUAAAAAAUUUCUUUUUGCUGUUUGAAAUAAAAAAAACUUGCAACCGAAAUUGGAAACUUUAUUGGAGAGAAAGAUUUUGUUUUUACCUGAAGCAUUGAAUUUUUUGUCAAAUAUAUUUCUACGCAAAAUAGCUAUCAAAACAAUUACAUAUACUACUGAACGGAGCGUUAAGUUUUAUUUCCGCAAUAUUAGUAAAACCUAGAACAUUUACGUGAUCAACAUGUGGAAACUACAAUUGUUUAUUUAUUGUGGUGUUUGUAUUUGGUUUCUCGCAAUUUUUACCAUAUUUCCCAAGAAACCAAAUAUGAGGGAAGCGUUGUUUGAACAAAGACAAACUCAAAGAUCCAAUUCGUAAUGUGAUUGUCACAAGGUGGUUGUCGGGUUCCAGCCGCCUUGUUAAAUAUUUCCACCGUGCUCCGGGAUACUAUCAACAUUUCUCACCAUUGUAUAAUUCGAAAUAUCAAAUUAUACGUUCAUCUCCAGGAAUAUCAGACGCAAUGAAAUCUUUAAAGCAAUUAUUACUAUGUGAUUACAAUAACACUGAUCUCCUAUUAAAGAUGGCUAAAAAACAUUUUACAUUCUAUUCACUUUAUGGGCAUCAGCGGAAGCUGUGCAGAAAAUAUCCUUUACAUUGCUGGAACAAAGUUUUUCUAGCCGAAGUAUGCAAAAUGUAUCCGUUUUUAACAAUGAUUGUGUAUAAGUUGCUGCUUAAAGAUAUUGGGCAAAUGUUAAAUGAUAGGAGCUGCUGGGACAUAAAUAAAGGGAAAAGAAAAUGUAAAAAGCUAACAUAAUGAAGAAGCUGAAUGGAGUUCUUUUUGUUAUUGGUUUGCUCUUGAGUCGUAUAGUUUAAUAUCGCGGAGUUUUAUGUAGGACGAUAAAUUAGAAAAGUGUUUUAAUUUCCUUGGGCUUAAAUGUAUAGAGUGUGUGUGCUAUUGGAAUAAUAUUUUGAAAUUAUAUGUAAAGGAUGCUGCUACACCUACGAACUAAGUGAAAACAGGGAUUUGUUUUUUUUGAAGUGCAGACGCAAUAAUUUAUAAUUAAGUAUCAUUAUGCGAAGUGUUGUUGUAUUUAUAUUAGUACGUGUGUGUGAAAGUUAUUAAGUACUUGAAAAAUUUAUAUAAAUUUUUGAACAAGUAAUAUGCAUAAAUACUUUGCAUAUCCAAUGAUUACAUGUAUAAGAAAAUAAAAGUAAUUAUAAGUUUGCGUUAAAAAGUGAAUAAGUGAAUUUUGUAAGUGUUUGCUGCUGAAUAACGGUGUUCAGUAUUUUAAGUUUCGUGUGCAUUCUUUACUAAGAUUACGCGUCAAGUUUUGUGCCUUUUGAAGUCGAAUGUCCAAAACAGAUUCAACAACUAUUUCAUUGCUUACUGGAGCAUCUGUGGAUAGCGUCAGCAGGACACGCGCUCAGCAACGCAUCAGCCUAACAACAAAACGACGAAAAAUGUCACGUCGCGCUAAUCUGAUAGGCAUUUGUGGCGUUAGCAGUCUGUGCAUAUUAUUGCUGAUAGCGACAACCCAACAUCGACCUGCCUCUAUGACCAUAUCUAACGGCAUGUCCGUUGGCGUUGGUGACAUAUCAGGCGUACAGACCGGUUAUGUCGAUCGGCAUCAUGUGGGCACUGCGAGCGUAGCAUAUAAUAUGACUGCUACAAUAGCGGAUGUCCUGGCGGCGCAACGCUCGAAGAUUCUUACCGAAAUGGAAAACUUCGAAUAUCCACAAGGACGUUUUGGUGUUGAUGCGGAAAAAUUAUCUGAUAUGACACCUGAAACAAACGGUACACCGGUACGUAGUGUUAUCAUAACAACUUGGCGUUCGGGCUCAACAUUCUUGGGAGACAUAUUGAAUGCCAUGCCUGGCAAUUAUUAUCAUUAUGAACCGCUAUUAUCAUUUGGUAUUAAUCAAGUACGCGAUCCCUCGGAGGGCAGCGAAGCGUUGCAUAUGUUACGGCAUUUGCUUAACUGUAACUACUCAGAUAUGCAGGAAUAUCUUGAGUACGGUAAAGAACAUUCAUAUCUGUUUGAGCAUAAUGAACGUUUAUGGAGUGUGUGCAAAGAGUUUCCCCACUAUUGUUGGCGACCGAAAUUUCUCUCACCCACAUGUAAACUUUUUCCAAUGCAGAGCAUGAAAGUGGUGCGUUUACGAUUAUCGUUGGCGAAGGAGUUACUUGAUGACAAAAGCUUGAACGUGCGAAUGAUACUGCUGGUGCGUGAUCCACGGGGUACAAUGCAAUCGCGCAAACAUCGCGAUUGGUGUGCCGGCAAUAGGGAUUGCGAGAAUCCGCAUUACGUCUGCCAAGAUCUAGUUGACGAUUAUCAUGCAGCUGUGGAACUACUCAAGGAGCAUCCAUCACGCUUCAGAACACUACGUUAUGAGGAUCUUUCACUAAAUACCUACGACAUGACACAAGAGGUGCUACAAUUCUAUGGACUACCAUUCGAUCCGUUGGUUGAAGAAUUUCUAGACACGCAUACAAAAGUAAAUAUCGGUGGGGUUAGCUCAACCUAUCGAGACUCGAAAUCGGCACCAUUUCAUUGGAAGCAAGAUCUGCGGCCGGACGAGAUCCAGUAUAUACAAAACAACUGCGAAGAGGCCAUGCAAUUGUGGGGUUAUCGUAAAAUCGACAACUUUACCAACUUCCAACAAGCAACAUUUGAUCCAAUCGAAUUGCCGCCACCCUUCUCGUGAAGUGCUCUCAUUCAAGGUUGAGUGAAUGUUGCAAUUAUGUAACGUAUACACAAUUUUACAACAAACCUAAAUCGUUUGUCUCCUAAUCUCUAUUUGUAUCUAACUCGCUUAUAUUAUGUUUUUUAUACCAUUUUGUUGUGAUAUAUCGAAGAAGUUAAAUAUUAAAAACAAAGAAGAAGAUAACGAACAAUGUUACUAUGCUAAUGCGAAAAAUACGACAGCAGCAUAAGACACACAGAGAGAGAGAGAACAUGUAUUUGUAAUUAUUAAAGCGUAUUUAGUAAUAAGUAAUAUAUAUUAAACAUAUUUGUAAGACGAGUUCGUUUAGCGCAAAAGCAAUUUGGAAGUGCGGGUCGUGAAAUGUGUGCUUCAACACACAGGCUGAAUGAGUGAAAUAACGUAUCCCAAGUCCGCCCAGGCCCACACCAACAACAACAACAACACACACACAUACAUACACACAAACUUAUCCAUACGACAUGAAAACGUAUCAGCAGUACAGCACUGUAGUAAUUUAAUUAUGUAGUUUAAUAUUAUAUAAGUAUUAUGUUCGCAUACUUAAAACGAAACAAAACAAAACUCGAAUUAAAUAAUUAAUUUUGAAAAAUUAUAUGCAUACUACAAUACUUAAAAUAACACGCGUAGAUAUUUUUACACUGCAUAGUUUUAGGCGUUGUGCAUUUUUUGCAAACAGUUAAAAUCACUAGGCAUACAAACACAUACACCCUAGACACAUACAUACAUACAUAUGUAAUUAUGUAAUUAAUUAGUUAAAUAAUUUUAAAAAUUUUACGCAUUCAUUAACGGUGAUGACAUUUAAUAUAGUUUCAACUAAGCAGUAGAUUAUAUUUAUAAUAUUUAUAUGCAUAGUACGCAUAAAUUCAAGUUAUUUCAAAGCACACAAAAACAAAAAGCAACAAAUUAUUAUAAUACUAAACUUAAAUAUGAGUUUAGAAGCAAACAAAUAUUGCUAUUUGUUAGUAGUUGAAAAGUAUUGCUUUCGAAAAGCGUAAAAAAUUAAAAAAAAUGCAUUUUUGUUAGUGUAGAAAUAAAAAUAUUGAAAUGAGAAAAGUGCGAAGCGUGCAUAAUUAUCCAAAUUAUAAAAAAAGCAAAUAUGAAAAUCGUUAAAACAUUUGUCACAUAUCGUUAACUUAGUAAUAUAGUACAUACAGUGACGAGCUAAAAAAAUCGCAGCUAAGCAGCAACGUUGCAAAUUUUUAAAUAAAAAAUUUGAUUUAAAAAUUUUUAUUUCAAUUUGUUAUUAAAAAUUUUAAAUUAAAUUGUUAGUCCAAAAUCAAUAUUAAAAAUUGAUAAAAUAUAAAUCGUUUGAAUGUUACCCAACACUGCUCUAAAGUAUUGAAUAUGGUCAAACACGAAGUACUGAAGCACGAAAAAUAUAAUUCAAAAACAAUUUUAUAACUUUUUAAUUACAAAAUUGGAAUUGAAACUAUUUUUAUUUUUCAAUCCGAUAUUUGGAAUUAACAAAUUAUUUAUAAUUUUUUAAUCGAAUAUUUUAGAUUAGAUUAUUUGAAAAUUAUAUUUGAUUAAGAGUUCGGGGAUUACAAAAUAAUAAAAAAUAUUCAAAUGUUAAAUUAAAUAUUUUUUAAUGAAUUAUUUGCAAUCCUGCUGCUAAUUUAUUAUUUCUCAAAUAUUUUGUAUUCUAUAAGUUAUAAGUUGAAAUUGAAGAGAGUUUUGCUAAUACAUUUUUAAAAGCAUCAAAUAACACACCGAAUUUUGUUUCAGAGGCGCGAACGCUAUUAAUAUUUCUUUUUUGAGGAGAUAUAUUUUCUCGCAAGUCGAAUAAACGCGUUUUUUUGUGAUUAUUAUUAUUAUUUUUUUUUUGGAAGUGGCAUUUUAUUUUAUUUAUAAAUAAAACUGAUGUAUAGACAUUUAGAGAAUUUUAAAAUCGGCAAUUAAUUUUAAAAAUUUUUUAGACCUUAGAUCUCGUAGCCCAUCUCCAGGAGGCGCUGCGAAAAAAGAUGUCUGGCAGCGAGGAACUCUACUUAAAUUUAAUUAAAAUCCAAAAAACAACAAAAUCUAUUCUUAUCAUAGUUGAAUACAGGUAAAGAUCGAAGGACUAGGCAAAAUUGUAAUUUUGGACAAAAUGACGGUUUCCAAAAAAAAAAAAAUUGUUUUUGUCUUUGAUCGAUUUUUUCUAUUUCUUCGAUCAUUACCUGAAAAAUUUACAUACAUAGGUAAACGGUCGUGUGAAAAUUUCAAGUUGAUCGGUCUAGUCGUUUCGGAGAAAUUUUACUCAUUGACUCUGAAAGUGUUUCAAGAAAAAUCCUCAUAGAUCAUCUUCAAAUUUUCUAACUAUAUUUUUAAAUAUAUGUACAAUACAUUCAAAUAAUAGUCGGUUUUUUGAAAUUCACAAGUGGAUAUUACCGCUAAAAUAUGCUUUCUGAACCGAUUAUACUUUAAAUAAGGUAAUUUACCUAAAAAAUUAUAUUAGGCCUUUUAUAAGCAUACAGGCAGAAAUGCGCAUUAUUAUUUUUUCGGUAUUUAUAAGCAGAUGGUUUUAGACCUGGCUUGCAGCGAAUAAUUGUCACGAAUUUAUUUAUAAAUUAAGAUAUUUUUUAAAACUUUAUGCCGUGAGAUCUCUUCUCCUGUCGGUUCGCUGAUUUAACGAAGAUGACACGACCAUAUAAUCGUAUCUCAGUAUGGUCGCGCAUCAGUAAAGCUCGUCACUGUUACAAGAGCAGGUUUUGACAUUUUUUUCUUUUAAGCAAGUAAGCAAUUUAACUACUUUAACUACUACUUUUUAAAAAAUAAAACAUGCAUGCUGAAUAUUAAAAAAAAUAAAUAAAAAAAUUCUAUAAUUUGAGCGCAGAAAAAUUCCACAUUCUAAUUCUACUAAAUAUAUUAUAUAAAAGUUAACGAAACGUGACUUUUGGAUAAACUAUGCUUUGCUAGUUGAAUUUAGAAAACAAAAUAUUAUUAAAAUAAAAAUUAAUUAAAAAGAGGAAACUAAGUCGAAGAAGUACUAAACCAUUUGUUGCUAUAUAAUUUUAAACUGGAUCAAACAACUUAAAAAGUGAAAACAAAUUGCUAAGCAAUAUUGAUGUAAUUUUAUGAAAUCUAAAAUAUUAAAAAAUCUCGUAGUAUAUAAAAUUUAAACAAAUAACUUCGAUAAGCAUUUAUGUUUAAUUUUAAAUAGACAAAAAAUAUAUACAACAACAAUGACUAAACUGUAUAUUAUUUUUUGGUGCAAUAAUUUUAAUAUAUGUAUUAGAAAUGUAAACUACCAAUUUGUUUGUUAGAACAACAGCAAAGAAGGCGUUGCAUGAGCAUAAAAUGUUAUUAGCGAAAAAAUAUAAAAUUAUUAUUUUUUAUAUUUAUUAAAUUAAAAGAUUAAAAAAUAAAAUUGCAGUUUUAUUUUAAUGACUGAUUACAGAAAAAAUUAGAUAAUUUUAAUAUUUACUUUUUUCGAUUAAACUACUCACAACCAGGUUGCCAAUUUUGUUGUUAUAAAAUUUUGGUUUAAAAAUAUGUAUUUUUUCAAUUCAAUUCCGAUUUUGGCAUUAAAAUUAAAUGUUCAAUUUUUAAUUCUGAUUUUGGGAUUUAAAAAUUAAAUUUUCGAAAAUGCUUGGGGUUGAAAAUUUCAUUUUCUAAUUAAAUAAUAAAAAUUUUUUAUUUCAUUUCAAAACCUAAUUAUCUUGGAUUAAAAAUUGAGAAACUAUUUUUUAAUUAAAAAAUUUGGAGUAACGAAUUGAAAAAUAAUUUUUGAAAUUAAAAGCAAUGAAAGAUGAUAAAAAAAGACAGAUUUACAUAUUUCUAACUGAAACACUAUAAUUAAGACUAAUUGAAUAUAAAUUAGACAAAAGGAGCUCAACUUUGUUGGUAUUAUAUUAUUGUAAAAAUAAGCUUUUCCCUGAGAAAGAUAACCAAAAUGAACACGAACUACGCAAACGCGAAAAAAUGUUAAUUCUAAAAAAAAAUAUUUUUUUAAUUACUAAUUAUAUAAGCAGGGCAUUGAAAGAAUUUUUUUUUUUAGUUUAGGUUUAAAAAUAACAAAUUUAAAAGAAACAAAUUUUUAAUCCGAUUUUGGGGAUUACAUUUUUUUUUUGCUCUCCGGUAUUUGGGAUUAAAAUUUUUUUCAAUCCGGCAAUUGGGAUUACAAAUUUAAAAUUUUUUAAAUUAAGAUUUUCGAGAUUACAAAAUAAAACCAGAGUAAUUCAAUUAUUUUUUUAAUGCAUUAUUGGUAACACUGCUCACCAAGCAAGUAGCUGAGUGAAAUUCGUACAGAAUCGAACUAAACCUAAUUUUUUGAAAGUCAAAUUUGAAACAAUGACACAAAUAUAGGUAUAAUGUCCUAGAAUUUCAACUAAUAGAAAAUCUAAAGCAAAAAAAUUAAUUUCUCUGAAUUUGAAAUAAACAACAAUAAAAUGAAUUUGUGGAAAUGACUUACAGUAGUUCGAUCCUUGACCUUAUGGAAGAACUGUUAGUAAUCUAACACGAAAUCAGUUGGACACUAUUAUACACGUUUUGCAAACGCCAACAAUAGUCCGCAAACUUCAGUAAUAACUUCUGCAGAAUUUUCGAACUAAAUAAAAUUGUUGUGUAAAUUUGGUAUUUAAAAAAAUAUUUGAAAAAUAAGAAAUUAAUUGUUACUAAUAUUGUUUUUCGUAUUUAGAAAAAUUAAUCUAUAUAUAUUUUUUUUAUAAACACAUUUUUGUUUGAAAAAAAAAAUAAAUUUUAUGUACAUAUUAAUAUAAUAUUAGAAAAAAAUUGUUUUUCAAUUAAGCACAUCUGAUUGCUAUAUAAUUCUUGAAAUUGUAUUAUAAAUUAAAUAUUCACACUUAAUUAAAAAUGAUAAUGCGAAUAUGAAUAAAUGGAACCGAAGUUGUAAAAUAUAGUGCUGAAACACUUAAUAAAUUAUUUCCAUUAUUAUAAUUGUUCAUGCAUAGCAUACGAUUAUGCAGCAAGCAAAAUCAAAUGUAAUGAAAAUUUAACAAAGCAAUUCCAAGUACAUACGACUAUAGUACAUAUAAAUCGAGAAAACAAAAAAUUGAAUUGGAAAUAUUGCACAAUAAAGUAGCAAGCAUAGGUAAGCAUAAUUAGCAAUUCAAAUUUAUAAAAAAAAAAUAUAAAGUGUGCAAAAAAAGAAUGCAUGCAAUUUCAAAUAAACAGAUACAUACUUAUGUAUAAAAUAUUUUA